CCGCUCCUGAGUCCUGUCCACCCUGCCACCGCCGACGCCGCGCCGCCGCAGCAAUUGUCACCGUCGCUAUGGCCCGUAUCAAGGUGCACGAGCUCCGGGGGAAGAGCAAGACGGACCUGCAGGCGCAGCUCAAGGAGCUGAAGUCUGAGCUCUCCCUCCUCCGCGUAGCCAAGGUCACCGGCGGCGCACCCAACAAGCUCUCCAAGAUCAAGGUGGUGCGCACCUCGAUCGCGCGCGUGCUCACAGUGAUCUCGCAGAAGCAGAAGUCGGCGUUGCGGGAGGCGUACAAGAAGAAGAACCUGCUCCCCCUCGACCUCCGCCCUAAGAAGACCCGUGCCAUCCGCCGCCGUCUGACCAAGCACCAGCUCUCUCUGAAGACCGAGAGGGAAAAGAAGCGUGAGAAGUACUUCCCCAUGAGGAAGUAUGCUAUCAAGGCCUAGGUCAGAACUGUGAGAUGCUGCGCUUAGCAUAUCAUCGGCUGUGUUUUAAUUUUUGGUUUGUAUGGACAUUUGCUGUGGGUCGGAAGUACGAUGUAUUCCUCCAUUUCCAUAAAUGGCUAAAUUGGUUUGACUG